AUGGCCUAUCAUAAGCGUCCAACGUCCAGCUACCAGCCUUGUGACAGCUAUUUUGUGGAGUCUUACGACGACUUCCCUGCUCCUCGUAUCGACCCCAAGGAACAUGCGAAAUUGGUUGCUCGGGAACGACAGUAUGCCAUUGCGGAUGAGCUAUCUAAGGCUGCCAGUGAUGAAUUCCGCGAUGACAUUCUGGCCCACAUGCUGGACAUGGACGCUGCUACUCUCCCCGAUGUUGAGUCGAUUGAUAUACAAACUGAGAUCCAAUGGUUCAUGCGUCCCUAUCUGCUUGACUUUCUAAUCGAAGCCCACACUGCCUUCCAAUUACUGCCUGCAACACUCUUCCUGACCGUAAAUCUGCUCGACCGAUAUUGCUCGAAGCGUGUUGUGUACAAAAGACACUAUCAGCUGGUUGGAUGUGCAGCUCUGCUCAUUGCGGCGAAGUAUGGUGAUAAGAAGGAUCGUGUACCUACCAUCAAGGAGCUCAAGUCGAUGUGCUGCUCUCUUUAUGAUGACGACAUGUUCAUUCAGAUGGAGUGGCAUGUUUUGCAAACUCUAGGAUGGACAGUCGGACACCCAACUGUGGACAGCUUCCUUCAAAUUGCCGUCCUGGAUACCCCCCAUGAUCCCGAAGUCGAGCAUCUGGCUCUCUAUAUCUUGGAAAUCUCAUUGUUCCACAGGGAAUUCGUCUCCAAGGCGUCCGCUGACCUUGCCAGAGCUUCCUUGGCCCUGGCACGGUGCAUUUUGAAUAGACCCCAACCUCGUCAUACAGAGUGGGCGUCGCAGUACGAUUCGAUGACUCUGGUGGGUCUUUCCCAGCAACUUCACCAGCCAUCUCAGGUCUUGUCCCGGAAGUACUCUUCGUCACAUUAUUCGCGGGUUGCGAAGACCUUGGAGCAGUUCCUUGCCCGACAGGCUUCGAUCACAAGCUACACUCCCCCAAGUCCACCCUCUGAUGUACCCUCGGAUUCCAAGCCUUACUACGGAGAGAUUGGACUGGCAACUCCGCAGAAGGUGCAGUCUUCGAACCUGCCCAAUGGGUAUCCCACUCCUCCCAUCACACCGGAAAAUGAAGCAUUUGCCAAUGCCGGCAACCCCAACUUCGUCAAGGAGGGGCCAGAGACUAACACAUGCUCGCCAUCACCGUCGCCACCCCCGAUGCAAUACGUGGACUCUCACGCGUACAACCCAGAGGCCGCAUAUGCGCAUCAACCGUAUGAGCAACCUCAGAUGAGCUUCACUUCAAGUUUCUGA